CGGCUUCUCUCCCAAACUGCAGCUCGGUUUUGCUUGCUAAAUUAUGGUUUUCGAUCGUUCUGUCAGUUAGCAUUGAGAUUGAAUCUUCAGUUUAUGCGAGUGAGGAAGUGAAACCGAGGACGGGGAAACCACGGGAAGUGACGAGUUAGAAAGCUAGCCAUUUCGAGAUUGAUAUAAAUUUUAGAAGUAAAUCAUGAUCUUGUAUUUGGAGAUUUUAUGAUAUCAGAGAGAAUUUUAUAAUUUGAUCUUCAGAUUUUGGUGGUAUCAGAGUGUGAUAUGAUAAAUUCCGAGCCUUGUGCACUUGUGGGAUCCGUCUCACGAGUGUACGGCGUCUGCCGCGUCUCCGGAUUCGGGUUUUGGGGCGUGACACAGUUACAGGGUAAAUUUUUUCUCACCGCAUCAACUAGGAAAAAUGAAGAAGAAUGGUAAUGGCGGUAAUAAAAUCUGUCUUUAUAC